AUGUCAGAUGACUACUUGUGGUUUGAAGGGAUACCUUUCCCUACUGUGAGUUUCACACCUGAACUCGGUAGAAAAGCCCGUGAUGAAUUCGUGAUAAAGGAUAAAGAUGUAGUAACAGUGACUUACCCCAAAUCAGGAACAAACUGUCUGAUUGAGAUCCUCUGUCUGAUCCACUCCAAGGGGGAUCCCAAGCGGAUCCAGUCUGUGCCCAUCUGGGAGCGCUCACCCUGGGUAGAGACCGAGGAAGGAUAUAAAUCACUAAAUAAUAAGGAGGGUCCACGUCUCCUCACAUCCCACCUCCCCAUCCAACUCUUUCCCAAGUCUAUCUUCCGUUCCAAGACCAAGGUGAUUUAUCUCAUCAGAAAUCCCAGAGAUAGUCUGGUGUCUGGUUAUUUUUUCUGUUAUAUGGCAAAAUUUCUAAAGAGACCAAAGUCACUGGAACAAUACUUUGACGGGUUCAUCCAAGGAAUGGUGAUGUUAUAUGGAUCAUGGUUUGACCACAUUCGUGACUGGCUGUCCAUGAGAGAGAGGAACACCUUCCUGAUACUGAGUUACGAAGAGCUGAAACAGGACACCAGAAGAACUGUAGAAAAGAUCUGUCGAUUUCUGGGUAAGAAAUUAGAACCAGAAGAACUGAACUUAGUCCUCAAGAACAGCUCCUUCCAGGCCAUGAAAGAAAACAAGAUGUCCAAUUAUUCUCUUCUGGGUGAUGAUUAUUUUUUUCAGAAUGUGCUACUUACGAGAAAAGGCAUAUCUGGUGACUGGAAAAAUCACUUCACAGUGGCUCAAGCUGAAGUCUUUGACAAAGUAUUCCAGGAGAAGAUGGCAGAUCUUCCUCGAGAGCUGUUCCCAUGGGAAUAAUAUCCAAAACAUUCUGGAUCUUAUAUAGAUACUGAUAUUUGUUCUGCUGUUCUUGUAUAUGUGCCUGAUU